AUGGUAUCACAAGAAGAGCAAAAAGAAGUGAAAGGAAAAAAUGAGAGAAAAGAAGAGCAAAAAGAAGUGAAAGGAAAAAAUGAGAGAAAAGAAGAGCAACAAACACAAUAUGAGGAUGCAGAGGAAAUGAAUACAGAGGAGGAUAAAAUCUCUUUGGCAACAUAUAAAGCAAUCAAUGACAAACCAGCAAUUACAAAAAAGAAACAACAGUCUCAGGGACAAUAG